AUGGCAGUUGAGAAGAGGAUGUCAGGGUAUCCUGGAGAGGCCUGGGCGUGGGCGCUGGGCCCGGUGGGGAACAGCCUGGCCCUCUUCACCUUCUGCUUCCACAUGCUGCCCUGGACACCCCACAUGCGCCUGGUGGUCGCCGACUUCCUCCUGACCAUCAGCCUGCCCCUGUGCAUGAUGACUACUUUCUCCAGAAGUGGUGCUUCCUCUGCCUGCAACAUCACCCUCUUCGUGCUGUCCACCAAGCGCACGGCCAGCGUGACUGACCUCACAGCCAUUGCGCUCAACCGCUACCUGAAGGUGGUGUGGCCCCACCCGGUGCUGAGCCGGGCCUCAGUAUGGGCCCUGGUCCUCAAUGGACACAUGUCGCUGAAUACCCAUUCCAACCUCUCCUGCGUAAGCUGCCAGCUGGGUACCGUCCUCAGCCUUCACACUGGCACCAGGCUGUUGAUGCUGGUGUUCUUCCUGUCCCUGGCACUCAUCCUCUUUGCCAUCGUGAGCACUGGCGUCACCAUCCGCCUGACGGGGCAGGCAGACCUGCGGAGGGCCAUGCGUGUGCGCAUGGUGGCGGUUGUCUACACCAUCAGUUUCUUGCCCACCAUCGUGGUGGGCUCGGCUCCCACAGCGGCCUUCCGCCUCCAAGCCUGCUGCGCCCUACACAUUUGCAUGCAGCUCUUCGGUGGCUCCGUGGCCUUCAGGUGGCUCUGUGGCCUUCGUGGCUCCGUGGCCUUCACCUGCCUCUACAGGGUCCUGGACCCUGUGCUGCACUGCUUCUCCAGCCCCUUCCUCUGCCAGGGCUGGGCUCUGCUAGGCCUCCCCCAAGGCUGGCAGGGCCUCGUCAGUGAAGAACGAAGAAUGCAACCACCAGCCCUCCUCCCGGAGUCGGAGGCGGGGCCAGGGCAAGAGAGGUGGCAGGAGCUGGAGCUGGUGCUGGAGCAGGAGCAGGGACCAGCAGCCCUCUAG